GCCAGCCUGUCCGGGCCAGCAGCUGCCUUGCCCGGCUGAAAAAUCCGACAGGGGUCGGUCCUACAGGCGGAGCGGAGGAAAGAUCCGGGAGAGGGAAAAAAAGAGGGAGCGGACUGAUAAACCGAAGCGGGCAGAUGAAGGUAGACGAGUUAUUGUUUUUGUUUUGCCUGCAGGACUCGGGGAACAUGUUUUGGCAGUGACUGGACUCAGGGGUGGAAGAAGAGAUUUUUUUUUUUAAUUAUUAUCAUUCUGUGUAUCUCCAUCGCUUUCACUCCGCUUUUACUGUACAACAGCCUGCCGAGCAUCGUGAGGGACCAACCGCGCUCCCGCUCCUCUGCCGCCGCUGCUCUCUUGUGCUCCCCGCGGAUCGGAUAAACGUGCGUGGAUGCUGUGGUGUUAUCUCCUACAAUUACAUUAAAUAACGCCUCUGGAAAGCGACGUUAACUUGGAUAAGGUUAGGAAACAACAGCGAAGCAGCGAGAGGGGGCAAAGAUAUUUAUGUAGAGGUAGAGGAGAGCCGUGGUGUAUAGGCUAACGGACAUAGGGAGCAGGAGAGGAGAGGGAGAGUCGCAGCAGGAGGAGAACCAAAAACCUGCAGGUUUGUUGAGCCUGUGGGGAUGAGGACGAGGAGGGACGAAAUACAUCCAAGGUGUCAGUGUGAUUAGGAGAGGAAGCUCGGAGAGGAGACGCACUAAAGCCCAGGUUGUUUAUGAACCAAGGAGGCGGUGAUGGCGGGUAAAGGCACCAGGGUUCACACACUCCGUCAGCCGACCGCAGCCCUGUCAGCAGCCGCAGCAGCAGCAGCAUGAUGAGGAGGAGAUUAGAGAGAGCAAACACAGAGGAGGUGACCCUUAUCAUAUCCUGAAGGAGACGAGACGUGGAGCAUGACCCUGUGUUUGUCUACGGUCCCAAAGAAGAGCCAGGGAGAAGCCUCUAUGGCCAGGGAAUCAUCGCCCUCUAAGCUCCACCAGGAGCCCUUUUAAACCUGCUCCAAGCUGUACUGGUGGACUCAGUUGUUCCCUACUCCACCAGGAGGCUCACUCCAACCCAUCUGCCAGCUCAGAUAACCCUCUGAUUGUUGGCAACCACAUGUUUGAGGUGACUGUAUGUGACUGCCGCCGCCGCCCAUUCUUGAGCAGCAGCAGCCUCCUGCGACCUCGAUCUGCACCAUGCAGUGGAGACGGCGGCACUGCUGUCCCAUCAAGAUGACCUGGACCGUCAAGCGUUCGCUCUUUCGGACCCAUGUAGCAGGCCUCCUCUCACUGGCUCUGCUAUUCACCCUCUUCUUAUUCUUCAGCCACCAGGACUGGCUGCCGGGACGCAGUGGGCCCCGGGAAAAUCCACUGACCUACACCAUUAGGGGCUUCCGCAGCCCCAAGGGAGAAGCCAACCAGAGCAGCUCCCUGAGGAGCCUCUGGAGAGAGGCGGGGUAUGUGCCGCCAAAGCCUCUGCUCAACCUCAGCUCGCAGCAGGCAGAGGGUGCGGCAGGAGAGGCGGGAGGAGGGGGAGGUGGAGCCAGGAUGGGUGUAAUGGGGCUUGGGGACUCCAUGAGCACAAACAACAGUUUACAAAAGGAGAUGGGUGUGGGUGGGAGGCUCAGUGCUCAGCCCUACCGCUACAUCCUGAACGAGCCCUUCAAGUGCAGGGACACCACACCUUUCCUCAUACUGCUCAUCGCUGCAGAACCCGGCCAGGCCGAUGCCCGCAACGCCAUCCGCCAGACCUGGGGGAAUGAGAGCGUCGCAAUGGGCCUGGGGUUUGUCCGUCUUUUCCUGCUCGGCACAGGGAAAAGCUCCGACACCUUCCUUCAGAGCAGCAUAGAGGAAGAGAGCCGCGUUUACCAUGACAUCAUCCAACAGGACUAUCAGGACACUUACUACAACCUGACCAUCAAAACCCUGAUGGGCAUGAACUGGGUGGCCACCUAUUGCCCACACGCCUCCUAUGUGAUGAAGACAGACAGCGACAUGUUUGUCAAUACUGAGUAUCUCAUCCAAAAGCUGCUGAAGCCCGAGCUCCCCCCCAAGCAGAGGUACUUCACCGGCUACCUGAUGAGGGGCUAUGCACCAAACCGAAACAAGGACAGCAAGUGGUACAUGCCGCCGGAGUUGUACCCGAGCGAGCGCUACCCGAUAUUCUGCUCAGGCACGGGGUACGUGUUCUCAGGGGACAUGGCUGAGCUGAUCUACCAGGCCUCUCUCAGCAUUCGCAGGCUGCACUUGGAAGACGUUUACGUGGGGAUCUGCUUGGCGAAGCUGCGCAUCGACCCGGCGCCCCCUCCCAACGAGUUCCUCUUCAACCACUGGCGGGUGUCUUACUCCAGUUGUAAGUACAGCCACCUGAUCACAUCUCAUCAGUUCCACCCCAACGAACUCAUCAAGUACUGGAACCACUUGCAGAGCAACAAGCACAACGCCUGUAUCAACAUGGCCAAGGAAAAGAACGGCAGGUACAGACACCGAAAGUUUCACGGAGAGAGGCCUCCGUGACGCGUCCUGUGACUACCACCUGCUUCAAAAAAAAGGGAGAUGGGUGCACUCUUAACUACAGCCGGUGGAUGGCAUGUCGAACUCAGCACUAUACACUAUAUGGGGAAAAGCACAUUGUUUUUGGUAUUGUGUACAGUCGAUGAUCCAAACUAUUUUUUUAAUUUGAGAAAAAAUGUUAAGUAUUGUAAACCUGGUGAGCUAUUUCUAAAGAGGAGAGUGGGGGAUGUGUGCGAUGUGGAGCAUGCACAAGUGCAGCUCAAGAGUGGUGUUUAUGAUUAUUCAGGUGCCAACAGAAAGGUGGUAAUUCAUGCUACGGUUAAUGUGAGGGAUCUCUUCUAAAGGGUAGUACAAUAUCUACAAUUCUUUAAUGAAAAAACAAACAUUAAGACACAAUUGUGUUUACACAGACAAAGGGAAAUGUACGUGUAUUAUGUCAAAAGUUACACUACCUAAAUAUGAAUGAAAGUAUCUUUGACGUCGACCAGUUAUGCUGCCCUGUUUCUCAGUGUUUACUUUACAUAUUUAUCAAAGAACACGACUCUAUCGAGAAGGUUUAUCUGUCAUAUACUGUAUUUUAUUUUAAAAAAAAUCAACAUGAAAGCACUCAGAAUCACGUCAGAGAUGACUGAGAUUGUAUUUUUUAAAGCUUUACAUUGAGUAUAACUGCACUUGA